AUGCCCCCUGCAGUGAGGCGGUCAGCCUGGAGCUUCGUGAGGCUCUGGAUCUUUGGGGCAACCUUGGCGCAGUGUCUGGGAUACAAUUCACAGCAACAAAGGGCACAGCUUCUUCAGCCUCCUGGUCAAAGUCAACUACAAGUAAGCUUUGCGGAGUUUAGACCCAGCCAGGACUGUAGCUCAGGAUACUAUCGGGAUGACAGAGGAGGCUUGUACCCUGCACGGUGUGUGCCCUGCAAUUGUAACGGACAUUCAACUCGAUGCCAGGAUGGCACGGGAAUAUGUAUUAACUGUCAGCAUAACACGGCGGGGGACCACUGUGAGCGCUGCAAGGAGGGUUACUAUGGGAACGCGGUCGUCGGAGCCUGUAACGUCUGCCCAUGUCCCCACACCAACAGUUUUGCCACCGGCUGUGUUGUGAAUGGGGGAAACGUGAGGUGUUCCUGCAAACCUGGGUACACAGGAGUUCAAUGUGAAAGAUGUGCACCAGGAUAUUUUGGGAAUCCCCAAAAAUUUGGAGGGAGCUGCCAACCAUGCAAUUGUAACAGCAAUGGCCAGUUGGGCAGCUGUGACCCCGUGACUGGAGAUUGCAUCAACCAGCACAAUGAACUCAAAGACAGCAGCCCAGGGGAAGAAUGUGAUGACUGUGAUAGCUGUGUGACAACCCUCCUGAAUGACCUGGCUGCCAAGAGUGAGGAACUGCGUCUGGUCAAGUCACAGCUGCAGGGCCUGCAUGUUGGCGUGGGUGCUCUGGAGCAGAUGAGGCACCUGGAAACCCAGACCAAGGAGCUGAGGAAUCAAUUGCUCAACUACCAUUCUACCAUUUCAAGUCGUAGAUCAGACAUAGAUGGCCUGGAAAAAGAGCUCAGUAAUCUGAAUCGUGAAUUUGAAACUUUGCAAGAAAAGGCACAAGUAAAUUCCAGAAAAGCACAAACAUUCUAUGCCAGCCUUGAUCAGACAACCCAGAGAGCCAAAGAGCUGGACGUGAAGAUUCAAAAUGUCAUCCGGAACGUGAACAUCCUACUGAAACAGAUCUCUGGGGCAAAUGGAGGAGGAAACUACUUACCUUCAGGAGAUUUUUCCAGGGAAUUGGCUGAGGCGCAGCGCAUGAUGAGGGAGCUACGGAGCCGAAACUUUGGCAACCAACUGAGAGAAGCAGAAGCAGAGAAGAGAGCAGCUCAGCUCAUGUUGAGUCGGAUAAGCAACUUGCUGGCAACCCACCGAGAGGAUAGCAAUGGACUAGCCAAGAGUCUGUGGGAUUCAUUAAAUGAAUAUGAAGCUAAACUCCGUGACCUGCGGGCUGCACUACAGGAGGCAACCGCCCAAGCAAAGCAGGCUGCCGACCUCAACCAAGACAACGAGAAGACUCUGGAAGACAUCAAGAGACGUACGAAGGAAAUCAGCUCGCUGCAGAGUGACUUCACCACGUUUCUCAGCACUGCAGACGCCUCUUUACUGCAGACCAACAUUGUGCUGCAGCAGCUGGAGGAAAGCCAGAAGGAAUAUGAAAAAGUUGCUGCUACUUUAAAUGAAGCAAAGCAAGAACUAAGUGACAGAGUGAGAGCACUUUCCAGAUCUGCCAGCAAAACAUCCCUGGUGGUGGAAGCUGAGAAUCACGCCAGGUCUCUACAGGAGCUGGCGAGGCAGCUGGAAGAGAUCAAGAGGAACGCCAGUGGGGAUGAGCUGGUGCGCCGUGCUGUGGAUGCUGCCACUGCCUAUGAAAACAUCCUCAAUGCCAUCAAAGCGGCCGAGGAUGCUGCCAACAAGGCCACCAGCGCGUCAGAGUCCGCCUUGCAGACAGUGAUAAAGGAAGAUCUUCCAACAAAAGCUAAGACCCUGAGUUCUGAGAGUGAUCAACUGUUAAAGGAAGCCAAGACAACACAGAAGAAACUACAGCAAGAAAUCAGUCCAGCUCUCAGUAACCUCAAGCAAACACUGCAAACGGUGACAUCUCAGAGAGAAGGGAUAGAUACCAACAUUACCACUCUCCGUGCUGAGCUCCGCGGGAUACAGAGAGGUGACAUCGAUGAGGUGAUCAGUAGCACGAAGAACACGGUCAAAAAGGCCAAUGACAUCACAAGCGAGGUUCUUGAUGGGCUCCACCCCAUCCAGACAGAUGUGGAAAGCAUUAAGGACACUUAUGGGAGCGCACGGAGUGAAGACUUCAACAAGGCCCUGAUGGACGCAGAUAGCUCAGUGAAAAAAUUAACCAGAAAUCUGCCUGACCUUUUGAGCAAAAUUGAAAGUAUCAACCAACAGUUGUUGCCCCUGGGAAACAUUUCUGACAAUGUGGACCGGAUACGCGAGCUAAUUCAGCAGGCCAGAGAUGCAGCAAAUAAGGUCACUGUCCCCAUGAGAUUCAACGGAAAGUCUGGCGUGGAAGUCCGACUCCCCACUGAUCCAGGAGAUUUGAAAGGAUACACUUCUCUGUCUCUGUUUCUCCAAAGACCUGACUCAAGAGAAAAUGGCGGGACUGAAGAUAUGUUCGUCAUGUACCUUGGAAAUAAAGACGCUUCCAGGGACUACAUAGGCAUGGCACUCAUAGACAACCGCCUCACGUGCAUCUACAACUUGGGAGACCGUGAGGCUGAACUCCAGGUGGACCAGAUCUUGACUGAGAGUGAGACCCAGGAGGCGAUCAUGGACCGGGUGAAAUUUCAGAGAAUCUAUCAAUUUGCAAGUCUCAAUUACACCAAAGAAGCCACAUCCAGUAAACCAAAGCCACCUCACUUCUAUGACAUAGAUAGUGGAACUCGCAACACCCUCCUUAAUCUGGAUCCAGAAAAUGUCGUGUUCUAUGUCGGAGGUUACCCAUCUGAUUUUGUACUUCCCAGUAGAUUAAGACUCCCACCAUAUAAAGGUUGUAUUGAAUUAGAUGACCUGAAUGAAAAUGUUCUGAGCUUAUACAACUUCAAAAAAACUUUCAAUCUCAAUACAACUGAAGUGGAACCCUGCAGGAGGAGAAAGGAGGAGUCGGACAAAAAUUAUUUUGAAGGUACAGGCUACGCUCGAAUUCGAACUCAACCCUACUCCCAGAUCCUCACCUUUGCACAGACAAUUCAGACCACUGUGGACAGAGGUGUGGUGUUCUUUGCAGAAAACCAGGACCGCUUCAUCUCUCUCAACGUGGAAGAUGGCAGUUUCAUGGUGCGGUACAGACUGGAUUCAGGACCCCCCAAAGAGAAGGGUAUUCAAGGCACCAUCAACAACGGGAGGGACCAUUCGAUUCAGAUCAUCGUUAGAAAAGCCCAAAAGCAAAUAUUGAUCAGCAUGCAUUCUCAAAGCAUUCAAAUUGAAGGGGACCUCUUUGACUUCAGCACAUAUUACCUGGGGGGAAUUCCAAUUGCCAUCAGGGAAAGAUUAAACAUUUCUACACCUGCUUUUCGAGGCUGCAUGAAGAAUCUGAAGAAGACCACUGGUGUCAUUCGGUUGAAUGACUCUGUUGGAGUAACCAAAAAGUGCUCCGAAGACUGGAAGCUCGUGCGAUUGGCUUCAUUCUCCAAAGGAGGAUAUUUGAGUUUCUCUAAUUUGGGUCUUCCAUUGCCGAACCACUACCAGACCUCAUUUGGGUUCCAGACAUUUCAACCUAGUGGUAUAUUACUAAAUCAUCAGACACGGACGAGCAGCCUACAGGUCACUCUGGAGGAUGGUCAUAUUGAAGUGAGCACCAAGGACAGCAGCGGCACACUUUUUCGAUCUCCGCAGACAUACAUGGACGGUCUGCUGCACUACGUGUCUGUAAUAAGUGACAGUGCUGGCCUCCGGCUUCUUGUUGAUGAUCAGCCUCUGAGGAGCAGCCAGAAGCUGCAAGGCUUUUCAAAUUCCCAGCAGUCUCUGCGCCUGGGCGGGAGUUCUUUUGAGGGUUGUAUCAGCAAUGUUUUUGUGCAGAGAUUAUCACCGAGUCCUGAAGUCUUAGAUCUGACCAGUAGAUCUAACAAGCAAGACGUGGCCCUGGGAAGCUGCAGUUUGAACCAACCUCCUUUUCUAAUGCUGCUUAAAGGUUCUGCAAGGUUUAACAAGGCCAAUGCUUUCGAUAUCAGCCAGCCAUUGCACGACACACCAGUGGCUUCUCUGAAGAGCAUGGAGGCAUGGAAACAUGCUAGGUCUUGCCCACCACUUCCCAGGGCCCAGGCCAGUCAUGGAGCCCUCCGGUUUGGGGACAGUCCCACCAGCCACUUGCUAUUCAAGCUUCCCCAGGAGUUGCUGAGAGCCAGGUCACAGUUCACUGUGGACAUGCAGACAACAGCUUCCAGAGGGCUGGUGUUCUACACGGGCACGGAGAACUCCUUUCUGGCCCUUUUCCUGACAAAAGGACGCCUGGUUUUUGCACUGGGAGCUGGAGGAAAAAAACUGCGGCUCAAGAGCAAAGAGAAAUGCAAUGAUGGCCAGUGGCACACGGUGGUGUUUGGGCAAGAUGGAGGAAAGGUGCACUUGGUUGUGGAUGGCCUGAGGGCACGAGGAGGAAGUCUGCCUGGAAACUCCACUGUCAGUGUCGGAGCCUCGGUUUACCUGGGAGCCCCUUCGUCAGGGAAACCAAAGAGCCUCCCCCAAAACAGCUUUGUGGGAUGCCUGAAGAACUUCCAACUGGAUUUAAUGCCCUUGGAUACCCCAUCUGCAAACGCUGGGGUGACUCCCUGCUUGCGGGGCUCUUUGGAGAAAGGCAUUUAUUUCUCCCAAGAAGAAGGAGGUCAUAUUCUCUUGGCCAACUCUGUGUCAUGGGGACCGGAAUUUAAAAUUGUUUUCAGCAUUCGCCCAAGAAGUCUCACUGGAAUCCUAAUACACAUUGGAAGUCAACCCAAGCAACAUCUUAGUGUUUAUAUGGAGGCAGGACAGGUCACAGCCUUCGUGGACAGUGGGACAAGUGGGGUCUCAACAUCGGUCAUGCCAAAGCAGUCUCUGUGUGAUGGACAAUGGCACUCAGUGGCAGUGACCAUCAAACAACACAUCUUGCACCUGCAACUGGAUGCAGACAACAGCUACACAGCUGGACAGCUCACCUUCCUGCCUUCCCAAGAGCCACUGUACAUUGGAGGUAUUCCAGCCAAUUUGCAGUCCCCGAAGCUGCCAGUGUGGAAAUCGUUUUUCGGUUGUCUGAAGAAUAUGCACAUCAACCACAACCCUGUCCAUGUCAUGGAAGCCUCGGAAGUUCGGGGGCCUGUCAGUCUGAAUGGCUGCCCUGACCACUGACAUGAGCCUGUCACAGCCCAAAGAAAAGUUCACCUUCAAAAGCACUGAGUCCCCAAGUGCCUCCCUGCCCUGUUUGGAGCCCAAUUCCAUCUCAGGAUACCACCCAGAUGGGCUUAACAGCACAGCUCAUUUAGAAUUCCAGUCACAUGCACCAAUCACUCUAAGCAUCCAGUAUUACACAUGUAUUUUAUAUAAAAAUCCCUUUUCUUAAAGAAGAACAAAUUGUUAUUCAAAAAUGCACAACAUGUUUUUGGUAAUAUUGUUUUCCAUUAAAAAUGUCUAUUAAAGGACUUCAUUGCCCACUUGUUGAAAAAUUAAAUCUCUAAGGAU